AAAUAUUAAAUAGGUAUAGAAAAUAAAGAAACUACAAAUACUGUGUGCUGGAAGUUCCAAGGAAAUAGAUUAUUCAUUAUUCCACUAAUAAUUUAAUAAUAAAUCUGUACAAUUAACUUGAAGUCUUAGACAUAAUUAUUAAAAUAAAACUUAAAUUGUUAGAUUUUAGGUGGUGCGUUUAAAUUUCUGUGCUGAAAAAACCUCUUGUAGUCAGUCACCAACUUUAUUAAAAAUUGAUCAUCACAAUGAUUGACUUACUAAAUAAAAUAGAUUCCUUCUUCAUUUUUAACUCGAACUUUGGCCCUCGUGAAGGAGAUGAAUUAAAAAGGGUUCUAUAUUUUUAUCCUAGUCAAGUAAAUACAGAUAUUCAAAAAACACAAGUUGGUUUAUGUGAAGCAGUGGUUAAAUUUAUGACAACAUUCUCAUCAGCGCCUUGUGAAGCAUUGCAGACUCAGUCGAAGAGAUAUAUUUUUUACCAGCCUGAAAUAAACUUUUGGAUGGUUCUAGUAAUUUGCAUACCAUAUGCAACAAAAUUACCUGGAGAUAUCAAAGAGGCUGUUGAACCAGCAAUAAUGUAUGACUUCAUGAUAUCAUCAUAUAAAAUGUUUAGAAUGUUUAUGGGAUUGUUCAGAGAUAUUCUACCUGAAGAUACAUAUGCAAUCUGUGAAAAUUUUUUUACUCCAUAUAUCUCUAGCAGAAAUGUAACAAAUGAUCUGAGCAAUGUCAUACAGGGCAUUAACUAUUUACCUUUAGAGAAAAAUACAUUUUUUAAAGUUAUUUGUUUUAUUGAUUUACUUGAAGUAACUUAUCCGGACUUCAAAUGUAUUUCAUUUUUGUAUAAUAAUCAGCUUAUCUGGAAUGGCUUAUGCAAAGACGACAUGCUUACACUAUACCAAUAUCUAAUACAUAAUUUGCUACCCAAACAAGUGGAAAAAGAAAUUCAAGGAGGUGCUGUUACUGCAGCUGAAAGACAUGGUCGUUUCAUCAGUCCUCCUGAGGGCAUACAUAGUGAGGAUGAUUUAAAAAAGAUUAUUAAAGUUUACUUAAUACGAGAAGAUGAUAUUGAAGCAAAGGCAUAUUAUCUUGUUAUUUAUAGAACACUCAGUGCUACUGUUAGCUUUACUGUAGAUGAAAAUACCAAUCUGGAUUUGUCAAUAUUCAGAUCACUUGACACAUUUAUUGGUCCAAAACUUUCUACAAUUGCCUCCUCAAUAGGAGAACAAUGUACUAUACAUGCUUUAGCAAAUGCUCAAAUUACCCCAACUGAUCACAAAUUUUUGUAUUUUAAUAAACUCAACUUGGCUUUAAAAACAUCUAUGCCAUCAAACAGUAUAACUCCAUCUACUGCAGUUAGCCCAGAGGUUUUAAAUAUAAUUGCUGAAAUACACAAUGAUCACAAAAGCCUUGGAAAAUAUGGUGAAAUCAUUAUAAAAACUCCUGAUGAAUAUUGGAUAACAGGAAAAUCUUCAAAUGACAGAGAAUUUUAUGUAGUUAUGCAAAAAAAUGCCAACCUGAAGGAGAUAGCAGAUGAAGUGAAAAGAAUAUGUGAAAUGCAGAUGAAAGGAAUUUUCUUUUAUCCCAUGUAAUGAAUGCAAAUAAUAGUAUUUACAAACAUACUAUAUUGUUUAUUAAAUAAAAAUGUUCUAUAUUUAUUACAUUGGACUAUGUUACAUUAAUAUUCUAAAUUUUACCAACUAUUCUAAUAAUAU